UGGGAGAACAAAUAGUUUCCUAAUUCACCAAAUGAGACUUCUUUCUUUUCCCUAAGUACCCCACGAAGAGUCUUUUUGUCACUUCUUCAACUUCUUCUCAUCUGUGGACCUGGUUGUCAAGAUGGAUAGGGAGUGGGGAGUUUAGUUGAAGAGCUUAUGUUGAAGAGAAAUGUGCUAUUGCGUUUUUACCACUGAAUCAGGAUUGCUGCAAAUGACAAAUUCUUGAUGUUAGAAUUUCCCUACCCCCACAUUUCCCCUUUUUCUUGUAUGAAUGGCUGAAGUCCAUUUUCCUGCCGUUGCAAGAAAUGCAUUCCCAGUUCUCCGUCGACACUUACUAAUGCUCGCUUUCAUGUGGGUUUCAUCUUUCAGUUGCCAAACCAGUGAAAAUUGAAAAUGUGCCCAAAUUCAAGAAAUAGGAAUGCAAGAAUGUGACUGAUGGGUUUCUAACUUUUCCAUUUCGCAUAUUGCUUCCCCUCAAUCACUGUCUGUCUCUCCCUAAACUCGAAAGCUACUUGUAUUGUUUUAUCCUUAAUUGCAGUGGAUCACGUGCUUGGAAACAUACUACAUGUUUCUGUUAAGCUGAAUGUUAUUCUGUUGGACGCGAACAAAUGCAUAUGGUGUUUUAUGUAUGACUCAAUUAUCGUGCUUGGAAAUAUUUAGUUUGCAAGUUCAUUUUCGGGAUUGAUGACAAAAUUACAAUUUCUUUUUUUAUCCUUCUGAAUCUUAGUUCAGAAUUUUCAGGGUUCCCAUUGCUAGGGGGAAUUCGAUAGUUAGUGUUUCACAAAGUAAUGAUUAAUGAUAUGGGGGAUGAGGAAUCAUGCACCAAGCCCCUUCGAAGGUGGUCCGUCAUUUUUUAUGGCGUGGGACACAUGCUCAAUGACAUAACAUCUGCUUGCUGGUUCACUUAUCUCCUAGUGUUCUUGACAGACAUUGGAUUGUCCCCAAGGGAUGCUGCUGCGGUCAUGCUUUCUGGUCAGAUAGCUGAUGGAUUCACUACUAUAUUUGCUGGUGAACUGAUAGACAGGUUUGGACAUUUCAAAAUAUGGCAUGGUGCAGGAUCUGCUUUGGUUGCUGUUUCAUUUUCAUCAGUUUUUGGGGGAUGUAUUCCUUGCAAAAUCCUUGGUUCCAAUUCAUCUACUCUGCAAACUAUUGGGUACAGCACGUUUGCAGCAAUCUUCAAUGUGGGCUGGGCUGCUACUCAAGUCUCACACAUGUCUAUGGUGAAUUGUAUCACACUCGAUUCAACAAGUAGAGUGGUGUUGGCUAGCUGCCGCAAUGCCUUCACCAUGGUUGCCAACCUCAGCCUGUAUGGAGUUGCUUUCGUAGUCUUCAAUGUCAAGGCAUCAAAUACAGUUGUAGACGUUGAAAACCAGUACCGCUGGAUAGCAUAUUCGUCGAUCUUUAUUGGCUGCUGCUUCGUGGGUGUAUUUUAUCUUGGUACCAAAGAGCCAAGAUUGAAGCAAGGAGUUCACGGAAAAAGUUUUGCAAGGAUAUCUUGGGCUUACUGGUUUAAAAAAGUUCUAUACUACCAAGUUGCGCUUGUUUAUGUGCUUACUAGACUAGUGACCAAUGUUUCACAGGCAUUUCUUGCAUUCUAUGUCAUCAAUGAUCUGCAAAUGGCUCAAUCAUCCAAGGCUGUGGUCCCAGCAAUCAUCUACAUUUCCAGCUUCAUUGUCUCAGUCCUUCUACAGGAGAUUACAUGGACUGGCAAACGCUUGAAGUUGUUUUAUUCUGCUGGAGGCAUUCUUUGGAUAUUUUGUGGUUCUGGGUUCCUCUUUUUACCAAGGAAUAUUCAUUCUGUUAUGUACUUUUUGUCCAUAGUGAUCGGCAUAGCAAACGCUCUUAUGAUGGUGACUGCCGUAAGCAUGCAAAGCAUUCUAGUUGGUCAAGAUCUUAAUGGAUGUGCUUUUGUAUAUGGAUCAUUGAGCUUCAUGGACAAAAUCUCAUGUGGGAUCGCCUUGUUCAUUCUUGAAUCAUAUCAGAAUACCUUUCCAAACUUGCAGGGAUGUAGUUCAAUGAUUUCCUGUUUUUCAGUUUCAAGAAGCGGCUUGGGUCUGAUUCCAGCAAUUUGUGCACUUGGUGGGGUGCUUGUUACAUUCACUAUGGAGCUUCACUCCACCACUCCAAAGCCUUUAAUGGAGCCCCUAUUAGCAUAGUGACAAGAGGGAACACAUUUUUUCUUUUCGAAUCAGCAUUAGCACAUUGGAAGAACAGCUCCACGUCAAGAAUCAACUUGAAACAUAGAUUGACAGAGUAAAUGGGAUUUAACAGAACCACAACAGACCUCCUUCUCUUCUUUUUCUUUUCGGUAAACGAUCUUUUUUGCUUCUUCUGUAUGGCCUCUUAUAUUCUUUCUUUCUUUUCUGGAACUUUUUUUUUCCUCCUUUCCUUCUUCUAAAGGCAAUUGUAUCAGAAGAAAGUUAAUGUUUACACAACUAGUGUUGUAAUUAGAUAAUAGAACGAUCAUUCAUUUCAUCUGAUAGUUAGCAGAAACAACUUCAACAGAUUGUUGAGGAAAAGCAGAAAAUCAUACUCUCGAGACUCGGAAUAUAUAUUGUUGUGAUAGUGAGUUAGCUAUCUCACUCCCAUUUUUGCCA